UAGAAAGAGAGGGCCACUUGCCACUCAGUGAUGGUAUAUAGAUUGUUUUCUGAUAUUAAUUAAUGGCCUCAGACUCAGAGUAAUGUGACACCUUUAUAUAUAUACUUGUUGUUUCAUUAAACUUCUGACAAUCAUAAUAAAGAGAGCCUUUAAAUAUUUAUAGUUAUAUCAAUUGCCAUGAUUUCUUCUGAUAAGCUUCUUCUGCUUACUUUUUCAGCGCUAUCUCUCAUUCUAGUUGUAGAGAGUCACAGACCAAUAUUACUAGAAGAUAAUGAAAACGAGUUGGUGAGGUUACUCAACUAUAUCAAUAAACCUCCAAUAAAGAGUUUUCAGACUGAACAUGGUGAUAUAUUGGAUUGCAUUGACAUUCAAAAGCAGCUAGCAUUUGAUCAUCCUCAGCUCAAAAACCAUUCUAUUCAGUUGAGGCCUACAACUAUACCUAAAUGGACCAUACAUAAUAAUAAUGAUUCUCGUUCCGUACCGCUUCGACAAGAUGGCAUAAGUUGUCCACUUGGGACCGUGAUUGUUAAGAGGACCACACCGGACGAUCUUAUACAAGAUCAGCGUUUGAAAACCAUGGGGUUAAACUAUUCAAGAUAUGUUUCUUCGAAGAGCAAGAACAUUGAUCUGACUGGUUUUCAUUUUGCUGUUGCUCAGUACAAAAAUUCUCAUUAUGGAGCAAAGGGAAACCUUAAUCUUUGGGAACCAGAAGUUUCACCUAAUCAAUUCAGUCUUGCAAGUAUGCUUAUCUCUAGAGGCUUAAAUGAGCAGUUUCAAGGGAUUAGAGCUGGAUGGAUAGUGUAUCAAUGGCUGAACCGGAAUCACACUCGCUUAUAUACCUACUGGACUACGGAUGGAUUUAAGAAGACAGGUUGCUACAAUACAUUAUGUCCUGGCUUUAUACAAGUGAACACUGAUAUCCCACUUGGCUUACUUCUUCAACCAGUUUCUACUUACAAUGGCGAACAAUAUGAAAUAAACAUCAACAUAUAUAAGGAUCAUAUUACAGGAAAUUGGUGGUUGGUUGCGUUCGAUAAUUAUGUUGGAUACUGGCCAAAUUCAUUGUUCACAGAUAUUGGUUUAAGCCAUGGAGCAAGUUAUGUAUCAUGGGGAGGAGAAGUAUACAGUCCAGUGAAAGAGAAGAGUCCAAGCAUGGGAAGUGGACAUUUCCCAGAAGAGGGUUUCAAGAAAGCAGCCUAUGUGAGUGGUAUUGAAGUAGUCGAAGAUACUAAAUUGGAAGGUUCGAUGGGUCCACCACUUCAUUCUCUAACAACAUUUUCAAGCACCCCAAAUUGUUACAAAGCCAUAAAGAAACCAGGUAUUGGUGAACUUUGGGAUAACGCUAUUUUCUUUGGAGGGCCAGGAGGAUGUACAUUCUAGUUACCAUGUUCUUAAGAUCGAUCUUUGUUUUUUAUUUUGUUUUUAAGUUGAAAAAGAAAUUAAAUAAUACAGUUGUUUUGGUGGAAGAAUUCAAUCAAUUAUGCUGGAAGAUACUGUUAAAGCUACU